AAUAUAAUUCGAACCGGUUAUCCAUUAUGAUUGAAGGAAGCAGAGAGAUCCAUCGGAGAAGAGAGAGUCAGAUAGAUUGAGAGAAAGAAUGACUUCGAGGUACUGGGUGGUGUCUCUACCAGUGAAGGACUCUUCUUCUUCCUCGUUAUGGGAUCGCUUACAGGAGCAGAUCUCCAAGCAUUCCUUUGAUACUCCCGUUUAUCGGUUCAACAUUCCUAAUCUUCGUGUUGGAACCUUAGAUUCUCUACUCGCUCUCGGCGAUGAUCUGCUCAAGUCGAACAGCUUCGUGGAGGGAGUUUCACAGAAGAUCAGGAGACAGAUCGAGGAGCUGGAGAGGAUUUCUGGUGCUGAGAGCAAUGCACUUACAGUUGAUGGAGUUCCUGUUGAUUCUUAUCUCACCAGGUUUGUCUGGGAUGAAGCUAAGUACCCGACAAUGUCACCUCUGAAGGAGGUUGUUGACAAUAUUCAGUCUCAGGUUGCCAAGAUUGAGGAUGAUCUCAAGGUUCGUGUAGCUGAAUAUAACAACAUCCGCGGUCAACUCAAUGCCAUUAACCGAAAGCAAAGCGGAAGUUUAGCUGUUCGUGACCUAUCAAACUUGGUUAAGCCAGAAGAUGUUGUCUCGUCAGAACAUCUCGUUACUCUCCUUGCCGUUGUUCCAAAGUAUUCUCAAAAAGACUGGUUAGCAUGUUAUGAGACAUUGACCGACUUUGUGGUUCCCAGGUCGUCAAAGAAAUUGUUUGAGGAUAAUGAGUAUGCUCUUUACACUGUCACUCUCUUCACUCGUGUUGCAGACAAUUUCAGGACAAAUUCCCGCGAGAAAGGGUUCCAAGUUCGUGAUUUUGAACACAGCGUCGAAGCACAAGAGACUCGCAAACAAGAGCUAGAAAAGUUGGUUCGGGAUCAGGAAAGCUUGAGAAGCUCCCUUUUGCAGUGGUGCUACACCAGUUAUGGAGAGGUUUUCAGCUCCUGGAUGCAUUUCUGUGCUGUUCGUAUAUUCGCUGAGAGCAUUAUGAGAUAUGGUCUUCCUCCGGCUUUCUUGGCAUGUGUCUUAUCUCCGGCUGUAAAAAGUGAAAAGAAAGUCCGCUCCAUUCUAGAACGCUUGUCUGAUUCUACCAACAGUUUAUACUGGAAAAGCGAGGAGGAUGGAGGAGCCAUGGCUGGUUUAGCCGGUGACUCCGAGACACAUCCUUAUGUCUCCUUCACGAUCAACCUUGCUUAAAAUUGAUGAUGAGAGAUGGCUUGAUGCUUCUUCUACGUCUAUAUGCCUUCAUCUGUUUUAUUUGUUUGUGUUCUAUAUAUUUCAUUGUUAUUAUAUUUUGAUCUUUUUUUUUGUUUCUAAAUAAAAGAAGGAAAGAUUGAACGUGGCACUCGAGAGAGAUGUUACUGUAAUUUUUAUUUUGGCCGGAUUCUUGUUAGAUUCCGAUGAGUUUAUGAUACUUGUGGACGAGCAGAGGUUAUACAGUUGUUAAAGCCUUGUCAUUUUGUUA